UCUUAGCCUGGGGUGGGGGUGGUGAAGUUGUUUAAAAUCCUUCUUGAGUCUGUGCGUGGUUGAAGUCACGGACGCGGAAAGGGAGGCGAGGCACGGGGAUUGCGAAGUUCGCGGGCUCCGCCCCUCUGUGGCGGAGUUGGAGACCUCCCCUUGCGGACCGAGGUGGUGGACGGUGGAGCUGCCCAGGGAGCUAGGUGGCUGUGGUUAGGGAACUAGGAAUAAACUGGAGGAAAAUACCUGACCAUGUGGAAUCCCAGUGCCGGGCAGCCAGGGCCAAAUCCAUAUCCCCCUAAUGUCGGGUACCCUGGAGGUUCCAAUCCUGCCCAUCCACCGCCUGUCAAUCCUGCCUUUCCUCCGCCCCCCUUUCCUCCUCCCCCUGGCCCCUUUCCCACUCCCCCAGGAGCUCCCCAGGGAAAUCCAGCUUACCCCCCAGUCGGGCCCCCUUAUCCUGUGCCACCACCAGCUUAUCCAGGAUACCCACCACCAGGCCCCUAUCCCCCUCCAUAUCCACCACCUGCCCCUGGCAUGCCUCCUUUUAAUCCCUUGGCUCCUGGCAUGGUAGCACCAGGAAUGGAGACUGAGAAGAAGAUGCGGAAGAAAAUGAAGAAAGCUCAAAAAAAGUCGCAGGCGCACCAUAAGCAUGGCAAGCACUCCUCCUCCUCCUCUUCCAGCAGUGACUCUGACUGAAUACAGGGUCUGGACCCUACCGUCAAGUCUCUCCAGUUCUGCUCUCCCAUCAAGCUUCAAUGCCAUCUUGCACUGGGGAAAAUUAGCCAUUGUGUCCCUCGACCCCUGUACCCCAAUCUGAGCCUCACUCUUGCUGUUCAGCCUUAACUGCUUAGGGGAAAUGGGAAAAGAAUUGCCAUGAGCCGAAACCGGUUUGGCUCAGUGGAUAGAGCGUCGGCCUGCGGACUGAAAGAUCCCAGGUUCGAUUCCAGUCAAGGGCACAUCCCUAGUAGUGGAUGUGCAGGAAGCAGCUGAUCGAUGUUUCUUUCUCAUCGAUGUUUCUAACUCUCUAUCCCUCUCCCUUCCUCUCUGUAAAAAAAUCAAUAACAUAUAUUUAAAAAAAAUAAAAAGCUUUAAAAAAAAAAGAAUUGCCAUGGGUUAGCAAAGGCCGUCUUCACAGUGCUUGGAUAGAGCUUUUAGCUGAUGAGUUUUAAGGAGAACUAUUUUUUAAGUCAGUGAAACCUUUGAGCUAAAUGUUGAAGAUAAGUCCAAGAUCUAGAAAAUGUGGUUUUUAACUUUCUUUUGUAAUAUUUGUAGUUGGGGAGGUGUUGUGGAGACUUAAUUGUGGGAGAAAAACAAACUACUUUUUUUUUUUUUUUUUUUUAAAUUGUGGCAUGCUUGGCCAAUUUAAUGGAAAAUACAUUUCCCCGAAGACCUGUAAUUGAUUGCACUAACUGCAAGACUGCUGGGAAGUGGAGUCCAUUUGUUGAUGAGUCCUGGUGGCCAUUUUGGAAUCUAAUCUCUAUUCUUUAGUUCAGUAUGCUAUUUCAGGUCCUCCCCACAUUCUCCAACUCUCAGUCUAAAUAAAGCUGUUUGUCCUGGUCUCUGUA